AUCAACUUAUCUCAAGUCUUCAUUACACCAACCUAACCCACUCUUUACUUUCCAAUAUGAAGCUUUUCGUACUCGCGCCUGCUGCCCUCCUUCUCGCCGUCUUUUUCACCGCCAAGCCCGCAGCCAGUUUGGAACUUUCCAAGGAGCUCACGGACGCCUUCAAGUCGUCGGCGAAGAUAGCUGAAGACGCUACCACCUCUGCUCUCAAGUUGAUUGAUCAAUUUGACAUCGAGAAAGAUGAUCCGGAGAAGUUUUUUGAUGAAUUGCUUGAUAUACUCGAAAAUGCCAAGACAAGAGCUGAUAAAGCCCAAGAAAUGGUCAUCAAGGAUUUGUUGGAGUUGGUAGAACCCGAGGAGGAGGUCAAUGUUUAGACCGAUUAAUUUAAUUUUUAGUUUAAAUUUUGAUUGAUACAAAUAUAUAUAUAUCGC